GAGCUUGCCGUCGAUCUUAGUUGUGCAGUCCCGGGCUCGACGCAUGUAUAUUAGUUGGUUGCGAUGAGACUGGCUGGAAACCCAGCCCGGAGGCAGAUGAUUGUGCCUGUGCUGGUUUGAGCUAGAUUUAUGAAACACGGAAUCGUAGAUCAGUGUCGGAACUGGAGGAAUUUGGAGAAUUUUUCCGCUUGUCACCUGUAACUCGUUGAUCUUUUCGCCCACUGUUGAGGAUGCUCCUUCUGGACAAGCUGUCACUGGAACGGACGGGAGAUGAGGGUCGGUGAUCUCGCUUUAGUUUGCGGAAUCCUUAUUUUGGAAUUCUGACCUACAAACGGCAAUUUUCGAAGCAGUUUCUUUGGCAUGUCAACAUGCUCCCCUUUUCAGUGGCUGUGUCUGCUCUUUCUCUUUCGUCCUUGAUUUGUCCCAAUUUCCAUGCACCUCCUUGAGAAUAUCUGGCCAUGUUGAAUGGCUGCACUACACUUCAGAUGUUAGCUCUCUCUCUUCGUUUCGUUCUCGGUGGGCUUUCGAAACUCGAACUUUGGCACUUACCAUCGUCUGAAAGUGUGUUGAAAGCUAGUGCUCGUGCGUCCUUGAGAUGUGAUCCCUCUGCACUUUUUUUCAGUGCUUUAGAUUCUUCCUUCUUCGAUGCCUGACUCAUUGAUGUCUUGGGGGCAUUCAAGCAUGAUAUCCAAUGUAAAAAGGCUGUUCAAGAAGGGCCCGUUGUCUCCCUCUUCCAAGGACAAGCAAUCUUCUUCUGCCGAUAAUUCGUCGAAGGGUCUAUCUUCGUAUGAAUCCUCCUCUAAUGGACACUCGAACUCUCGUGGACCCUCCGGGACUCACUCGUCUAAUGGUCAUAGUUCCAAAGGGCGGGAAUCAGUUUCCAAUGGACACUCGGGCUCGCGUGGGACAUGCCAACUUCGCAAGUACUUGCCGAACGGCCAGGCUGGUGGCCACCCUUCUCCUCAAAAUAGUUUCUCAUCCAACGGACACUCCUCUAUCAAUCAACUAUUUCCGACUUCACCCCGGGCGACUGGUUUCGAAGACUUCUACGCGGCACGCAGCAUGUCCCCAAGACCCGGAUCACCUGCUCGUUCCAAGGGCAGCAAGAGCGGUGCGAAGCCAGCGACAGAUCCACUGCUGAAAGCAAUGCAGGUGCUGGGAGCUACAAAGGAUGAAUUGUGCGACUACACGAAAUCAGAUGUUGGAGAGUGUUCUGGUUCUCCAGACGAUGGUUACGAUUCUUGCACUUCGGAUGACACUGGGGACGAGGAGUCCUAUGUGGAUGACCAGCCGAUCUACAUCAAGUCCGAGAUUCCUUCGUCUUUCGAAUUUCACCGUCCUGCUAAGGUAAUACAGGAUGUAGCAGAUUUAUCCGAGGCUAGAACUAGCCCAAGGAAGAACAGUGAGCUGGAGUUACGAAAGGCUUCUUUUCAAUUUGGGCAAAUGUCCGUCGCACCUGGGGCGAGCAUCAAGUCUGGAGAGGAUGUAUUGCUGGAAACUCACGAGCCUGUGCCCACACCCACAAUAAGCACGACUACGCUGUUAACUAUGCGAUCGCUACCGGAGCAAUUUUUUGGCCAUGUGAGUAACGGCCAUAUGAGUCCGGGAGGGAAUCGGACAGCUGGUGGAUCCAGCAGGCCAUCGAGGGAAUUUUCGGUCGACAACAGACGAAUUCCAAGUCCUCCUCAGAAUGAGGUUAACAGAUAUCCAGCUCAAAGUCACUCUCCUCGAUCAAACGUCAAAUUAUCAAAUGGACCACAGAGUCCUCGAAGCCAAUGUAGCCCGCGAGGUACAACCUGGGCACAGAAUGGUUCUCACAGUCCGGAGGGAAGAUCUUGGGGAUCGAGUAGCUCAGCCAGGGGUCGUCAAGAAGGGUCUUGGGGUUCUAAUGGUUCAGCUAGUCCUCAGUGGGGAUACAAUGGCUACCCAAGUCCCGACGGGGGUCUCCGAUCCGACAGGAUUUGUAUACAGGGCCAUCCUCUGCCAGCACCUCCUCCUAGCUCUUCUCCACAGCAUCCUUUGUACGUGCCAACCGCGGGUCGGUCCGCCAUUCAUGUAGAAUCUCCCCGCCAGGUUGCUCUCCGGGAACGCUCAGCGCAAGGCUUCGGCCACAGAGUAAAUUCCCCUUCAUCUCAGCAUGUUCCUCCCAGAAUGACUCGAAUCCUUUCUCCAGUAGUUUCACCUCUUCCUUCUCCUCCCAGAUCUCCUUUGCCUUCACCACGUCCUUUAACUCUCCCUUUUUCCCCAAGAUCUCCUCUGCCUGCUCCCCCGCAGCCUCUGUCUAGAUAUCCAUCCCCGCCAAGGUCACCAUCGCGGGCACCAAGAAUUCCCACAAAGUGGGCCAAAAUUAGGCAAAUUGGAACAGGCUCCUUUGGCACUGUGCACGAGGCCAUGAAUUUAGAUGAUGGAAGUUUCUUCGCUGUGAAAAUUAGUCGGGGAGAAACGAUUACUCCUGAAAUUCAAAAGGAGAUUGAAGUCUUGAGCUACCUGAAACACCCAAAUGUUGUCCAAUAUUUCGGUACUGGGCAGGAGGAUGGCCAUAUGUGCAUCUUUCUAGAGUUGAUGCAAAAUUCUCUUCAAUCCAUCAUCAAACACUUCCAACUGAUGAAUUGCACAAUUGAUGAAACUCUGAUCAGCACUUACACAAGGCAAAUACUGCAAGGGCUUGAAUACUUGCACAAGACGAAUACUAUACAUAGGGAUAUUAAAUGUGCCAACAUUUUGGUGGACAAGGAUGGCCAAGUAAAGCUAGCUGACUUUGGAUUGGCAAAGGAGGUUGGGCAAUUAAAUCCCGCGACUUCAUGCAAGGGGACUCCCUACUUCAUGGCUCCUGAGAUUUUGAAGCCAGAUAAGACGGAGAAAAAAGGCUACGGACUCCCAGUGGACAUAUGGAGUCUAGGAUGUACAGUUCUUGAGAUGGCCGAUGGAAAGCCACCAUGGAGCGGCACGACGGGUUUCUCUUGGUUUUUCCUACUCUUCAAGGGAGAGCUACCACCUAUACCUCAACAUCUGAGUCCUGCCUGUGUAGACUUCAUCAAAAAGUGUUUACAGUUUAAGCCAGAAGAUAGGCCAACUGCAUCAGACCUUCUACGUCAUCCAUUUGUAGCAAAUGCUCCGACCACAGUUGCGUCUGCAGCGACUAUGAUAAGUUCUUAUAGACUACGUUCUGUCCCCGAAUCUCCUCCGCCGGCAGCGGUAUGGAGGAACGGACCUCAUUCUGAUCAGGCACAGUCAAGAAGCAGCGGUUUUACCCAACCCGCAACUGUACAAAAGUCGACUGGGUUUCCACCAUCGCCGGAUAACCGACCGAAACUGCAACGAUGUCACCGACUAGAGAGAACGUUGAGUAGAAGCUACAGUAAUCCUUGUAUUGAUACUCGAGAGUUGCAAGAGGCUAUACAUGCCCCGCGGACUCCUCCGCCAGCAUCGACUACUUCUGACUAUGGACGGAAUUACCAUGCAUGGUGAUCUUUACUUACUGAUGAGAAUGACCAUCUGUCUCCAGCUCACGCUCCUCAAGGCAAGAAGAAUGUAAUCCAUUCUAUUUUUGAAUUAUGUUGCACGUACCUGAGAUCCUUCACCUACAACACUUCGCAAUUCCAAGCUGUACACAUGCAACAAAAGGCGGAGAAGGAGAUAUCCAACUUCAUUGUCGGGCUUGUACUCUUAAAAAAAAGAACCGGUUCUGAUCGAGCCUACCUAGCGGGUACAUUUAUAGUCCACAGCAGCUGGAUUUUUUUGGUGUGCUACAAGUGUGUGGGAGGGAUAUGAUUGCGGGGGAGAUUUUCAUUGUGUGCGACCAAUCCACACAAUACUGUCUCCAAAAUUUGAAGCAUCUUUAAAACAUCAAGUUUUAGUUCUACAUCGUACACAUUUGUUUUGACCGGAUUCGAGGACUCAAGCUUCACUUUGGAUACUUCUACCAAUUUAAAAAUUUCAAUAAUGUCAUGUGAGAGGGCAUACAGCAAUAUACAGAUUCAUCAGCCAGAAGGAGUAAGUUGUUUGAGUUUCCAUAGAUUCUCAAAAGGUUGCUUUUAUUCAAAAAGCAAUCAAGGCCGCAAGUUGUCAACCUGACGUCGUCAUUCCCUGACCUGCUCUUUCACUAUUCUUUUUCAUGCAUUUCCUUGUAACUGGCAAGUGAAAUUCAGGGUGAAGAGCCUGAAGAGCGUUUAGAUUCUCAGAAGGUUG